CAAAGCAUCCCGCAUAAGCGGCGCCGCCGACUAGUCCCCGAAGGACCCUGACUGCGACCCGAGGACGGCGAUGGCGAGCACCGGGCAGCCGCCCUCGCCGCUGAGCUGGAGGUCGGCGGCCUCCCUAGCGGCAUGCGCGGCCCAGUUCGGCCUGGGCUGGGCGCUCGGCCGGUGGCUGGGCCGGCGCCACGGGAGCUCGCGGCUGGACGGCUGGGCGCUGAGCUGGCUGUGCUACGACGCCCUGGUCCACGCCACCGUGGAAGGCUCCUUUGUUUACAUGGCUCUGAUGGGAACGGUUGCAGAAUUCGAUAACAUAAUUGCGUCUCUGUGGAAGGAAUAUAGCAUAGCAGAUGCAAGAUGGCUACACUUUGAUUCCACUAUUGUCUCAAUGGAGAUCCAGUCUGUUUUUUUGGAUGGCCUUUUGGCAUUGAUCCUCAUUUACGCUAUUCUCAAACAGAAGCAUUACAGGCACUUCAUUCAGAUAACAUUGUGUGUUACUGAAAUAUAUGGCGGAUGGAUGACCUUUGGUCCAGAGUGGCUCAUUGGAAGCCCCAGUCUCAACACUAGUCACUGGCUUUAUGUUUGGGUGUAUCUGACAUUUUUCAAUGGUAUAUGGAUAGUUAUUCCUGGACUUCUGCUAGUGCAGUCCUGGGUAGAGUUGAAGAAGAUGCAUCAUGAGAGAUCAGACAGGAAAAAACAUUAAUGAGCAAGGCAUUGGGACAGUAGUUGUGGUGUCUUCAGUUGCAAUCCUUCCGACACAAGGAAUAGUGAAAAAUCAGGGUUUCUUCCCUUCCCAGUCAGGGCGUCCACAUGCCACUACGUGGUGCACAACUGUGAGUCCAGGAUGUUUACUUACUUGCAGCCUGAGCACUCCGGGAGUACAAAGCUUGCCUUCCAGUGUCUACCCCAGGCCCUUAAAUCACAAACAGCUCCCACCAGAAACAGCAGUAAAUUGGUACCUGCUAGAUAACGAUCUAGGCUGCUAGAUAACAAUCUGUGUUUCUGAUUAAGGGACCUUUGACUCUGGAAAGCAUAUACUGGAAAUCUUGUUCGUCUUUAAGGUGCUACAGGACUCAACUCUUGCUCUUCAACUGCAGACUAAUACAACUAUCUACCUGAAACUAUGUCUUUCUGUAACAACUGAGGGUUAAACUACAAGAGCAAGAUGUCACGGGUCCAUCCCACGGCGGUCGACGUCAUUUUAAAAACCUUUGUAGUUCUUUAAAAAUUGCUGCGGGCCCACAUCUGAAUUAGGAUUGUGGCAACACCAUGAGCUCUUGUCCCCAUGAGCUUUUUCAGGUCCUGAAACAGCAACGGGUGGUGCUUUUUUGGCACAUGAAAGGCAUUGGGGGGGGGGGGCAACAAGAGCUCCUAGAGCUGCUACGCCUGCGAUUGGAUUGAUGCCCUGCAGCAAUUUUUAAAGAAACAGAAGAGAUUUUAAAGUGGUGCCUGCAGUCAUUUUUGCACACAUACACAAAGUUGCCUUUAGCCCCGUAAAAAAGAACCUAUCAUGCUAAUGUUAGAUUUGGAGGUAUAUAAUUUAUGUUAGGGGAAAUUACAUGGAAUGAAUGAUGCUGCUCCAGUUAAAUUUAAUGACCUUUACAGCUGCAUUAAAUUCAAAAACCUCAGUAAUUCCAAUCAUAGAUUUCCUGUUUGUUGCCAUUUAGUUAACACGGCAAAAGAAUGUUAAGCCCAUCAUCCACAGGGGACAAUAAACAAGUUACAUCCUCCUGGACUUUGAAAAUACGAGGUUAAACCCCAAGCGCGCCUUUAAUGAACCCCAGAGAUCCUAUGCCAGAACCUGUUCUUUCCUUCUUUCUCCAAAACCUUGCAUAGGUCUUCUCUUUAGCUUCUUCUCUAUGGCUUCUUCAGUCUCCUGUCACUUAAACAUCCUGUUAUUCCCCCUCCCCUGCCAUUUCUUAAUUCAUAUCAUGUUUGAGCCAAGUAGCUGCUGCUCAGAGUGUCUUCACACAUAUUUCUAAGGUAUAACUCCUAAAAUACUUUUGUGUCUAAAAACAUAUGUGCCUUUAACUAAGAUUGUUAAGAUUAUAUUGAUCAGGGUUUUAGACUUGGACGUGGCUCCUUGUUACACACAUACAAAGAAGAAGGGCCCUGUCUGCAACAUCUAAAGCAAGAACUCACAGCGGGGAUCUUUCCAUUGUAGUAUGCUGGAAAAAAACCCUGGAAGGGUGAAAAAGCAAAAGGGUUCACUUGCACUGCAACUUACUUUUGCCUGCUUAGUGUAUGGUUCAGCAGCUCUCCGGCUGAUGUCUUAUUGCCUACUGCUAGAUCCUUCUAACUGGAAAUGCUGGGGGGGGGGGGUGUGUGAACCUGAGUCCUUCUACAUACCAAGCAGAUACUCGACUGUUAAUCAGGCCCGGGCCUUUUAAUACCAAACUGGCCUCUGAUUCCUUUUCAUAAUCAAGCUCUGAUUAAAUGCCAUUUGCUCAACUUGA